AUGGUCGAGAAGUGGAAAUUUGAGGUUUCUUAUCCUUUUCUUCCUGCGAGAUGCUCAGAUUGCAAUGCGUUUGGCCAUGAUACCAAGGACUACUCUCUUAGGCCCUCUGUCUCCUCUGCAACAAAGCGGUCCACACAGAGAUCACGAAGUAGGGAGUCAAGACAUGGAAGAAGGUCUAGGUCGGGACGAAACCAGGCUCCAAAACCAAUCUGGAAAGUUGUUAAGAAGCAGGAGGUUCCGUCGACUAUUGCCUCAGGGGUUUUGGUUGGGGAGACACAAGGGCCUGAAGUAGGAGAGGAUACGACUGCGAGGAACACAUCCUCUUCUUCUCCUCAGGUUCCUGUUUCAUCGGACAAUACUUCAGUCUCAAAUUAG